CCCAUCACCAACAAGUACAAAUGUACCAGUGAACGGGAGUGCUGUUCAUGAACACACGGACGACCUUUCGUACAAAUAUUAUAUUUUGCAUCAUGACAUCACAAAACUGUGUGGUUGUCUCACGACAUAUAUACGUGGCUAACUAUGACGACUAUUGCCCCACUCAUACCAGUCAACCAUGUUGCAUGUUUCAAUGCUCGCCAGUCCCGACGCACCUCGUCCUCAGCUGUAGACCAACCAGUCGUCCAACCAUAACGCGAGCAGACGACAAGCGUCCGCUUCAUUCAGCUGAAGGCGAAUCGCGCGCGCCUGCUUGCAUGGUCCUCAUUGCAAAACGAGCCUACAGUUUAUUCCCAAUGGCUAAAUAUCUCGUGGAUUACCAGGCACCUGCAUGGGCACAGAAGCUAAAAAAUGUCCCAAAACAUAAAGUGGAGCUUGCGAUGGAGAACACCCCUAUCCACGAAUGGAAUCUCCCAGGGAUACCCGAUGGCUUCAGUCUUCACAUCAAGCGACAUGACAUGACGGGAAGUUCAUUGUCUGGCAACAAGGUAGGGAAGCUAGAAUUCCUCCUUGCAGAUGCGAUCUCAAAGGGAUGCAAGCACGUGAUCACGUGUGGUGGGGCACCAUCCAAUCACUGUCGAGCUUUGGCUUUGGCGUGCAGACAGCUUGGACUUAUUCCUCAUCUAUUUUUAACUUCCGGUGCAAAGACAUCGGACGAUGUCGGUUGCCGUGGUAACAUCCUGCUGGACCGCCUGUCUGGAGCUGACAUCUACAUGAUGCCGCUAGACUCGGAUGAUGAGAGGGACGUCCAUCCUAAAAUGGAGUCCUUGGCUAAAAAGAUUAUGGAUGAUACAGGCGAGAAAUCCUACCUCAUCCCAAAGGGCGGGUCCAAUCUGAUGGGCGUGUUUGGUACCAUGGCGAUAUUUGACGAGCUCUCCAGACAGGGCGCCCUGGAGAGAUUUGACGACCUCUUCCUGACCUGCGGCAGCGGCGGGACGACCACGGGACUGUGUAUUGCCAACCACUUGGCGGGGUCCCCUUUGAGGAUUCAUGGCGUAAUGGUCCACAGCACCCCCGCGGACGCCCAUCGCCACGUGAACGGCACGCUGCGUGAACUGGGGGUCGAGGACGCCAGGUCGGAGGACAUCGUUGACGUCAUUGACACCUACCAGGGCAAGGGCUACUCCAUCUCCAAACAGGAGGAAUUAGAUUUCAUUGUGGAGGUGAGCAGUACAACAGGGGUGCUGGUCGACCCCACCUACACGGGCAAGGCGGCCUGGGGGCUUGUGCAGGAGAUGAAAAACAACCCCGGCCGCUUCAAGGGACGCAGGGUCCUCUUUCUACACACAGGCGGGAUGUUUGGGCUGUUUGACGGCCGAAUGGACGACAUGUUAAUGCAACAUGGAGCGUUGACAAACAACGUCAGAAUGUGCUCGAAACAAACCAACGGGGCGCAGAAUGGAUCACACUGAUCGCCAUGGAGAAGCAGAGAGAUAGUUCGACUUCAUACAGGUCACAUUACGGUCGCGAUGGAGAGUGCUAACGGGUUAGGUAGUUCUUCACGCUGAUUAUUAGUUCCAUCCGACUGACGUCGCCGCUACCAGUGAUAGACAUGCUAGAAUAUAGCUGAGCUCUUCACCAUGCGAAGCUGAAUGAGAAGUUAUUAGUAUCCGGAAGCGCUCGUAAAAUAUCUAACUCACCAUUGCAGAAGGUUGAAAGGGAAUUCUCUUUUUUCGUGUGUUUUUUUAUUCACAACAAACAUAAUUUUCAAAUAAGUUUAUUUUUAAUUUUUUAUGUAUGAGGGUGUUUAUCGGAUAUGUGGAUGCCAAUAUUUCAAUGUUAAAAUUUAAUAUUCGUCUUUUUGUCUUGCAAAGAAUGACAAAUCUAUAAACUAUUUAGUCCUAAGCUUAUGAGUACGCAUGGUCAUUCAUUCAUAACAAACUGAGUGGUAUGCCGGAUACCCGGAGUGGUCGGGAGGGGUUUGGCAGCCUCAUCUAUGCAAUGCCGGGAACUGACCACAUCAGCAACCAUCGGUAUAGAAAAUACAUGCCAGUAUAUAUUUUCUCUAAUACAGGCGCCAACAUCGAUUCCUUGUUUAAAGACUCUAAGCCAACUCUGAUAAAAUGGUUUUAAGUGAUAUUCCUGCCUGUACUACAGUUGACCUGGUGCAAAAUGUUAUCACUGUGUAUGUAUAGCUGUCUAUCAUUUGGAUUCUGUUAUACCCAAAACGUUGUCUAGAAAUAUACCAGUAUAUAGAGGUUAUCACGCGAGUGUGUUUGGGGAUGGUAAAUAUCCUCCAUUAGGAAUAAACAUUGUAUUUAGCGAG